CGCCUCUAAUAACGCAAAUACAUAGAGCAUUGUGUUCAUCAGAUUGCUAGCGGAGUCGGUCCUGGUCUGCAGAGGCGUCUUCAUCGCGCCCUGUGGUAUCUGGAAUGMGCUCGCCAUCCCGUUAGGUUUUCGACGACUGUGCCGCGGACAACUGCCUUCGUUCGCCAUCGCUUCUGUUCGUUCUUGCGUUUCUCCUCCUGYUGCAUUGCACGCCGGCGACUGAUCGUUGCAGUUGGUGGUCUCGGUCGUCUGGUUUGUCUGCCCCGCGUGUGCUCGACUUCCCGUAGGCGAAAAUGAGGGAGUGCAUUUCCAUCCACAUUGGCCAGGCGGGCAUCCAGGUUGGUAACGCCUGUUGGGAGCUUUACUGUCUCGAGCAUGGAAUCCAGCCGGAUGGCCAGAUGCCGAGUGACAAAACUGUCGGUGGGGGUGAUGAUGCUUUCAAYACAUUCUUCAGCGAGACUGGUGCUGGGAAGCAUGUCCCCAGGGCUGUAUUCCUCGACCUUGAGCCGACUGUCAUCGACGAAGUGAGGACUGGAACCUAUCGCCAGCUGUUCCAUCCGGAGCAACUGAUCAGCGGCAAAGAAGAUGCCGCCAACAACUUCGCCCGCGGGCACUACACAAUUGGGAAGGAGAUUGUCGAUCUCUGCCUCGAUCGCAUCAGGAAGCUCGCGGACAACUGCACGGGUUUGCAAGGAUUUCUCGUCUUCAAUGCUGUUGGCGGCGGGACAGGGUCUGGCCUCGGUUCCCUUCUUCUGGAGCGUCUCUCAGUCGAUUACGGAAAGAAGUCAAAGCUUGGCUUCACCGUGUACCCUUCACCCCAGGUCUCGACAUCCGUGGUGGAGCCAUAUAACAGCGUGCUGUCGACUCACUCGCUUCUCGAGCACACGGACGUUGCUGUGCUUCUGGACAACGAGGCCAUUUACGAUAUUUGUCGUCGAUCUUUGGACAUCGAAAGGCCAACGUACACCAAUCUCAACCGAUUGGUUUCACAGGUGAUCUCUUCGCUGACCGCGUCGCUGAGGUUCGACGGUGCGCUGAAUGUCGAUGUCACGGAGUUUCAGACGAAUCUUGUGCCGUACCCUCGAAUCCACUUCAUGCUUUCGUCCUAUGCCCCCGUUAUUUCUGCCGAGAAGGCUUAUCAUGAACAGCUGUCCGUGGCGGAAAUCACGAACAGUGCCUUCGAGCCGUCGAGUAUGAUGGCCAAGUGCGACCCGCGCCACGGAAAGUAUAUGGCCUGCUGUCUCAUGUAUCGCGGGGAUGUCGUGCCCAAGGACGUGAACGCCGCCGUCGCCACCAUCAAGACGAAGCGAACCAUCCAGUUCGUCGACUGGUGUCCAACCGGUUUCAAGUGCGGAAUCAACUAUCAGCCGCCGACGGUGGUUCCCGGAGGCGACCUUGCCAAGGUGCAGCGCGCCGUGUGUAUGAUCUCCAACUCGACCAGCGUCGCGGAAGUCUUCUCUCGAAUCGACCACAAGUUCGAUUUGAUGUACGCCAAACGCGCCUUUGUGCACUGGUACGUCGGUGAGGGCAUGGAGGAGGGAGAGUUCUCGGAAGCGCGCGAAGAUCUGGCGGCGCUCGAAAAGGAUUACGAAGAAGUCGGAGCGGAAUCGGCGGAGGGAGAGGGAGAGGAGGAGGGAGAGGAAUACUAGAGGAAGCGGAGCUCUUUAAGUCUUUGUUUUUGCAAGGCAUACUGGCAGCGAUCUGACGGGAAAUUAGCAGAUAAAAACUUUUAAUUCCCGAUUUAUUACUGGUUGGUUGGGGCUGUCAUUGUCCUGAUCCAAUCGAAACUUGUAGGGGAAUUGCACUUGUGGCAAGUAUUCAGCGCGAAUACAGUGAACUAUGAACCGCAUGAGCGGUCAAUUAUUGUCUGCUUUGCUGUGUCCAGACUUUCAUUUGUAGAAACUGCGCUGGUGAUUGGUAGCCCCUAGUUUUCUGGGCGGUGUUGGACAUUGGGGGCUUGGGAGGCACGGGGGUUAUUUGAUCUUUAUAUUUUGUUUACUGGCAGACCGCCGAUCUUGAUGUUGAUAACAAUGCUUCGGACAAGUUUGUAAUUAGUGGGAAAGUUAGUUAUGCGCGGAGGAUGACUUUGUAAUGAAUGCUACUGGACUGGCGGAAUGUUUUCUAUAUGUAAUCGAUCACCUUUUUGAAGGCAGACUGGACUCGAUCGUCUAUUGGUUUUUGUCU